AUGCAGGGUGAUAAUCGCAAUGGAGAAGAUGCAGGCGAGAUCGCUACUCGCAAGAAGAUUCGUUACAUGCAAACAAAAGGGCCGCCCGCCUCGGAGCAAGUGAAUCUGCGCCUGGGUUACCCCGCGCCUCUCGAGCUCCCAGUUGAAGGCCUCCGGAAGGCAACUGCAGCGAAAAUGGCCGAAGAUGAUCCUGAGUUUUUCAUGUACGGCGUGCCGGAGGGGUUCCUCGAGUUUCGAGAGAGUCUCGCGGCCUUCUUGAGCAAGGAGUACGGAUUCAGCGUGAGCGCGGAUGACCUGAUGGCUGUGAAUGGCUCCUCGGGUGGCCUCGACCUGAUCUGCAAGGUGUACACCCAAGGAGGAGACGUCGUGUUUACCGAGAACCCGACGUACUUCCUGGCCUACCCGACCUUCAGGGACUAUGACCUCAAUCCCGUCGAGAUUCCCCUGGACGAAGAUGGCGUGAACAUCGAGGCUUUCGAGGAAAUGUUGCUCAAAUAUAAGCCGAAACUGUUCUACACCAUUCCCGUGGCUCACAAUCCCACAGGCCGAACGACAUCCGCGGAGAAAAGAAAGCGAAUUGUGGACUUGGCAGUGAAGCAUAACUUUAAAAUCGUCGCCGACGAGGUGUACCAACUCCUGUGUUUCGAGGGCGUCGACAUCCCCCCUCCCUUUGCCGCCUUUGACCACAAAGAUGAACACUGCGUUAUCUCCAUUGGAUCCUUCAGCAAGAUUCUCGCUCCGGCCCUUCGGCUAGGAUGGCUCCAGUGCCUGAACCCAGUGAUAUGCGGCAUCGUCCAGAAAACCAUUGACAUGGGCAUCCUGAAAGAAAACAUCGUGGCCACUCGUCGGGCUCUCUUUGGAAGAUGCGAACGCCUCAGGGCCUCCAUCCGCAAAUACAUGCCCAAAGAGGCAUCGUUCGAGGAACCCAUUGGCGGAUAUUUCUUGAUUGUGAAACUCCCACAAGGAAUCAAGUCGCUUGACCUUCUGGAGGAAGCAAACAAGAACCACAAAGUCUCCUUCCUGCCCGGGACGUCUUUCGGAAAGGGUUUUGAUGGCUACAUUCGCCUUUCCUUCUCGUACUAUUGUGAGGACGACAUUGAGAUAGGCGUGAAGCGCAUUGCUGAUGCUCUGAACGUUCUCAUGAGGAAGCAAGGCCAACCGGCGACUGCAGAGGCAUAA